GUUUGUGGGAGCAAGGAUAUCUAGCUAGCUAAUAACAGAAAGAGAGAAUAUGGCAUCCCCUCCUCCCUCCUUAGUGUUCAGAGUGCAAAGACAACAGCCGGAGCUGGUUUCACCGGCAAAGCCUACACCGCGGGAGCUCAAACAUCUUUCUGAUAUCGAUGACCAAGAAAGUCUUCGGUUUCAGAUUCCUGUCAUACAAUUCUACCGAUAUGAUCCCUCUAUGAAAGGAAGGGACUGCGUGAAAGUGAUCCGAGAGGCGAUAUCACAAACACUAGUGUUUUACUACCCUUUUGCCGGAAGGCUUCGAGAGGGGCCCAACCGGAAACUUAUGGUGGACUGUACCGGUGAGGGUAUUGUCUUCAUUGAGGCCGAUGCCGAUGUUACGCUCCGCCAGUUUGGUGAUGCUCUUCAACCUCCCUUCCCUUGCUUGGAGGAACUUCUCUAUAAUGUUCCUGGAUCUGAUGGGGUUCUUAAUUCCCCACUGUUGCUGAUUCAGGUGACUCGCCUCAAGUGCGGUGGCUUUAUCUUUGGCCUGCGUGUUAACCACACCAUGAGCGACGCAGCCGGGCUUGUGCAAUUCAUGACUGCCGUGGGAGAGGUAGCGCGUGGCAUGCGUGCCCCUUCCAUCCUACCAGUGUGGGCAAGGGAGGCAUUCAAAGCCCGUAAUCCACCACGAGUGACAUGCACCCAUCACGAGUAUGAUGAUGUGCCGCAUGGCUCUCUUAUCCCAUUCCCACCCGAUGACAUGGCUCAUCGUUCGUUUUUCUUCAGACCAACCGAGAUAUCCGCCAUUCGUAGAUUCCUCCCCGCCCACCUCCGCAAGUGCUCUACAUUUGAGAUCCUCACGGCUACGCUCUGGCGGUGCCGUACUAUAGCCCUGCAGCCAAAAGACCCGGAACAGGAGGUCCGUGUGCUCUGUAUUGUAAAUGCACGUUCCAAAAUAGUAAACCCUCCAUUACCAACUGGUUUUUACGGCAAUGCUUUUGCAUUUCCUGUGGCACUCACAACAGCUGCCAAGCUUUGCCAGAAUCCGCUUGAAUAUGCACUAGAUUUGGUCAAGUCAGCCAAGGCCGACGUCACCGAAGAGUACAUGCGCUCAAUGGCAGAUCUCAUGGUCAUCAGAGGCCGACCACACUUCACUGCGUUUGGUACAUACCUUGUGUCAGAUGUGACCCGUGCUGGGUUCGGAGAUGUAGACUUUGGCUGGGGCAAGGCAGCUUAUGGCGGUCCGGCCAACGCUGCGGUUGGACCCAUACCUGGGGUGGCCAGCUUUUACAUUCCCGGAAGGGACUGUAACGGUGAUGACGGUAUUGUGGUGCCGGUUUCUUUACCAGCUCCGGCAAUGGAGAGGUUUGUGAAAGAAAUUGAUGGUAUGCUGAAAGCAAAUGCGAUUGACCUGCCUGCCAAGACUUCCACUACUUUCAUAAAAUGUGCUUUGUGAUGGUCUUCAUUUUGGUUUUCGUUUUGGAAAACAUGUUUUGCUUAGUGAUAUGAAAGUUAAAAAAUAAUCUUGUGCUUUGUUUGUGUGCACAGAUUUGGCAAUAAGCCAAAACGAUUACUCUAUUCGUAAUACUAGUGGAAGGCUGUUGUGAGUUGUGACAUUUUAAUAUUUUGUAUUGGAGCUCAUUUUUGGUAGUAUAUAUGUUCCACUGAUAAAUCCAAUGGAUCAAUCUUUAUGCACAGUUUUAAACUUAUUGGGAUCUGA